AUGUCACUAAUCGCAACGAGUUCUAGGUGUUUCAAGGCACUGGAAACAGCCGUGGAGGCAGUGAAAACCGGUAACGCUGACAGCUCAGCGGUUGUGAUUAGAUCCAUAAGACAAGACGGAGUGUUGUUACAAAAGCAGGCCUCAAUCCUCUGUGAUGAGCUCAAACAGGCCGAGAAGAAGCAGCAAGAAUUAGACGAGGAUCUAACUAGGCAGAUAAACAAUUUACACGCCGAAGAGAUGAAGCUUAAAAAUAAGAGGCAAGCAUUGGAAGCGAAGAAAUCAGCGCUGAACAAGGAGAGAGAACGUUGCUGCCGAAACAAACAAGAUGCGUCCAGGAGAUAUGAAGAGGCAAAGGCAGAAAAGAGGAAAGCUGAAGAGAAAUGUAAAGAAUUGAAGAACUGGUGGUGGGUGCCUGGUUACGGUACGUUUCUGGCCGUUCGAGAACUUGUUGAAAACAAUGAGGCAAAGGCUCGUGAUGAACGCAGAGAAAUGGAGCGUUAUGACGGAGAAAUGAGCAGAGCCGAAAGUAACAUCCGGUCGGCAAACACUGCUAUUUCGCAGGUAGAAGUCUGAAUUCUUUUACGUGUUCUUUUAUUGUUAUAGGCAACAAAGCAUGGAGAGCGAAACCCUUAACUAUAGCUAUGAAACAUUUUACUUUGGAAGUGUGUUUCACAUUUGUUUAGCCCAUUUUACGUUAAGCAACAAAUAAUCGGGCACUUUAAGGGCGGAAUGUUUCACUUUUCGGCACUUCGGCCUCUCAAUCACCUUCUUGUCAAUUUAACAUUAUUCCAGUAUAUGAUGUUCCCAUCAAGCUCUGUUCUGUUCAGUGAUAUCGCUCAUUUUACAGGUCAAUUUUUCAUCUUUUUCUGCAGGCAGAGAAGGACCAAAAUGAUAUUUCAAAGAAAGUUGCAGACCUAAAUAGACGACGAGAAGCAUGUCACGAGGAGCUUGGUAACAUCAAGACCUUGAUUUCAUUCAUCAUGCAAGCUGCUACAUUCUGGGAGGAAGUGAUCAUGCUCACCAACGCAGCAACAGUCAAAACCGAACAGGUUCAAAAGGUUGUGGAUCUGGCUGCCACGAAAAAUAGUGUCAAAAUUCUCAGUAGCAGAGGUACAGAGACUAAGAUGAGGUCAUUCAAAGAAUCCUGGAUGGAAGUAGCAGAGAUGUUUGCUUCUGAAGAAAACAAGCUACUAUUAAACGGUGAGCUGUACAGAUGGAAACUUGCAUUUAAGUAG